GCACUCUCUUUGCGGCUGUGCUCUUCCUCCACAAACGUCUCCAGAUUGCGCUUGAUUUGUGUUUGUGUUUUGUUAUUUUUCGGUGUGCCAUUCCCUUUUGGCGCUGACAUUCGCUUUUUGCAAUGGCAAAUAAGAAAACAUAUACAAAACACUUUUGAAAGCAACAGCGGCCAACACAGGAUUAACGUAACGUAACGCAGUGUACCCCGUCUCAAUCUCUCUUAGUCUCUUCACAAUGGCCACUUGACGUCGCGUCGCAGUAGCAGCGAACGACGACGCAGCAGCAGAACCAGGAAAUCGACAGCAAAGUGCAUGCAUUUACGUUGCGUGACGUUCACCAUACGUUACGUUACGUCGUAGUGCUGCAGUUGUAGUUCAAGCGAGCGUCGUAGCAGUAGUAACAAAAGAAGAAGCAGCAGUAGUAAGCCGCAACAACAAGUAUAACGCGCGUUUCUGGAUCUGGACAAACAUAUCCGCUUCCGCGUUGAAAGCUUAUAAGAACGGCAAACAACAGACAACGGGUAUUACACCAACAACAACAGCAACAACGAACUACGUCACGGCACAGUGGAGCAAAGGCAAACAGAUUUUUUUAAUCUAGUGGCGUUUGCAUGUCCAAAAUGAAAAUGCUUCCAGUACAGCUAUCACUGAAUCCGCUCAAUCCCAACAUCUGGGGCGAUGUCAUGUGGCGUUGCCCCCCACCCCCAUCCAGCCAAUUGGCUGAGCUUAAGACACAAUUACCACCAUCCUUGCCAUCAGAUCCGCGUCUCUGGAGUCGCGACGAUGUGCUCGUGUUUUUGCGCUUUUGCGUGCGUGAAUUCGAUUUGCCCAAACUUGAUUUUGAUCUCUUCCAAAUGAAUGGCAAAGCACUGUGCCUGCUGACCCGAACAGAUUUCGGUCAUCGUUGUCCCGGCGCCGGAGAUGUCCUGCACAAUGUACUCCAAAUGCUGAUCAUUGAAUCGCACAUGAUGCAAUGGCAUUUGCCCAACAGCCCCGUCACGCCCACCGGCCGUUAUCCGCUGUCACCGCACAGCCACCCGCCGACGCCCACCUGGCCGCCAUUGAAUGCGCCGCCAGGUGCUGACACCAGCAGCAACAAUCCCUUCCACAGCAGCAGCAGCGUGGCCGCCCACAUGGCCGCUCAUCAUUUUAUGGCGCCCAACUCGGUGACCCUCAGUCCGCCGCCCUCCGUCGACUCGCAGGCCAGCAGUCCGCCGGAAUCGGCUUCAGGAUAUUCGAGUGCAGGUGCCUCGGCAGCAGCCAUGAGCAGUGCUGUAGCUGCAGCAGCCGCAGCAGCAGCAGCGGCAGCAGCAGCUGUUGCUGGCUCCUCCAGUGCGAGCAGCACGACCAGCAAUGGAUCCGCAUUGAAUGGCUGUGUGCAGCCAAUGAAGGGCAUUCAGUCCAGUGCCAGCAGCAAUCACUCCGACUCCGAGGAGGAGUACGCCGAGCCAACCAAUCAGAGCAACAAUAGCAGCAACAACAACAGCAAUAAUAGUAACAGCAACGGCAACAGCAACAACAACAACAGCAGCAAUAGCAAAGCAGCUGCUCUGCCUCUUGCGCCGCUCUCCUACAGCGCAGGCAGUCCGCCGGGCACGCCCAUUCACAAGGACUUGAAGCCCACUUGGACACAACAGCUGACCAACAGCUUUGUUAGCUCCUGGUCACAGCAGCAGCAGCAACAGCAGCAGCAACAACAGCAACAACAACAGCAACAACAGCAGCAGCAGCAGCAGCAACAACAGUCGCAGCAACAAGCACAGAAAUUGACGCUGGAGAAUGCGGCAGGCGCGAUUGUGGCUGCUGGCGGCGGCUCGAUAUCAGCCCCAACCACGCCCAGUUAUAUGUACAAAGUGAAGAGGGAGUUCUUUCCAGAGAACUCGGAGCCAAAUACAAAUGGCCGUCUCCUUUGGGACUUUCUGCAGCAGCUGCUGAACGAUCGGAAUCAGAAGUACAGCGAUUUGAUUGCCUGGAAAUGCCGCGACACGGGUGUCUUCAAGAUCGUCGAUCCCGCCGGCCUGGCCAAGCUGUGGGGCAUCCAGAAGAAUCAUCUAUCGAUGAACUACGACAAAAUGUCGCGCGCUCUGCGAUAUUAUUAUCGUGUCAACAUUUUGCGCAAGGUGCAGGGCGAGCGACAUUGCUAUCAAUUUCUGCGCAAUCCCACGGAGCUGAAGAACAUUAAGAAUAUAUCGCAGCUGAGGCAGACGGCCGCAACGACGGCGUCACCUGGCGAGCAGGUGGGCAGCCCAGCGGCCAGCAGUUGGAAUCAGCAACAGCAACAGCAGCAGCAACAACAAUCGCCACAGCGCCCUGCAUCGCGAAAUGCUCCGCCCAUGGCACUGCCAACGGCAGCAGCUGUUGCUGCGGCUGCCGCGGCUGCUGGCUACGGACCGCAGCCGACAUCGCCGCUCUUCAUGCACGCGUUUCACUUUCUGUCCGCUGCCGCGGCAGCGCCGCCGCCCAACUCACCUGGAUCGGUUGCUUGCCUAACACCUGGCGCCGCCGCCUCGGCACCCGGCGACAAGUUUCAAUUUCAUCCGCUGAAGCUGGAGAGCGCUAACGACAGCGCUGGCGAGGAUCUGAAGCCCACGGACUUGAGUGUGAGCAGCAAGAGCGCGAAUGCGAAUGCGAAUGCGAAUGCGAAUGCGAAUGCCAAUGCCAAUGCCAAUGCGAAUCUGAAUGAGGAUUGCUAUCCGCUCAUACGCAAUGCGGAUGGAUUGACUACCAUUAAGCUGAUACGUCAGUCGGAGCACAAGGCGGAGGCAAGCGAACAGCUGACUGCGGUUUCAGGUGGCAGCAACAGCGCUGUCGGCUCACCUAGACCCAUGGAUGCAGUCGAGCGGGAGAGGGAACGGGAGCGGGAAAGGGAGCGAGAGCGGGAGCCUCCAUCUGUGCCCAUGGAUAGCGAAUGCAAUGGCAGCGAGGAGGCAGCAUUUAGGCAUAUGCAUUAGGCUCCACAACACACACACACACCUCUACACCUACACAUGCACUCACCUGCUCUAUGACAAUCAGCCACACACAAAACUUUACCUGAGCAACAUAAAUGCAGCUGCCUAAGGGGACCAGCCAACAGCACACUCACACUCACACUCAUUAAAUUGUUGUACAUACCAUAUAUACACACACGCACACACCUUUUGUACAUGUGUGUGUGUGUGUGUUGAUUAGGCUUUAAGUAUAGUUUAGUCUGCAGCCUUAAAUAUUAGAAAUUCAAAAUGAAAAGCAUAUUUAGGCAUAAGCUAUAUAUAGAUAUAUAGAUAAGCCACA